AUGUUCUUCUCCCGAUUCAACUACACCAUCUCCUACCGUCCAGGCUCGAAGAACAACAAAGCCGACGCUCUCUCCCGUCUCCAUGCUCCCGAAGAAAAGACAGAAGAACCCGAGCCUAUCAUCCUGAGCUCACUCAUUGUAAGCCCCAUCACUUGGUCAGAGGAGACCAUUCCCUCCUCCAAUGCUUCCACAAACCCUGGGCUGGGCUGUCCACCUGGCUUACUCUACAUCACCCGGACACGACGCACUCCAACCAUCCACUCAGCUCACACGUCACUAGGCACUGUCAUCGUAGACCGUUUCUCCAAAUCUUGUCGUCUCAUUCCACUACGAGGAUUGCUCACUGCCAUGGAAACCGCAGAAAUGCUCUUCAACCACGUGUUCAGGUAUUUCGGGAUACCAGAGGACAUUGUAUCAGACAGAGGACCCCAGUUCAUCUCUAGAGUAUGGAAGGCAUUUCACUCCCUCCUAGGACCUGACGUGGCUCCCGCCGAACCCCCCCUUCCACUCAUCCGGCAUACGAGGUUCAUGAGAUCUUGGACUCCCGGCGUCGUGGUGGUCAGCUGGAAUACUUGGUCGACUGGGAAGGAUACGGCACCGAGGAACGCUCCUGGGUCCCAAGAAACGACAUCCUUGAUCCCAACUUACUUCAAACUUUCCACGACAGCCACCCUGAUAGACCGGCACCGCUGGGAAGAGGACAGGGGGUACUGUCACAGACACGUCAGGUUCCAACAUCAACCAAUCCCAGCGCACACCAUCCCCAGAAGAACUGCAGAAGAGCUAAGAACAGGCCAAAAAACAGAUCAACAAAAACGAAAAGAAGAGCUUACAAGCUCAAAUAAACUCCUACACAGACUUUGUUUUGACCGUCAUCAACAUAAACUGAGAGCUGCGGAUGUUCUUCAGUUAACUGCACAUUUAUUACAGUCCAAUGAGUCUUGUACUGAAGAGGAGCUGAUUCAGACUUUCAUACAAAAACUACUGGUGAUGGAUUACAGAGCAAGAUACAUUAAAACUAAGGAGACCAUUGAGAUUGAUUACACUCAGCAAGGGAGCUAUGAAAAUGAAAUGGAUUCUGAUGAUAUUUUGUUCGAAUUAAUGUCUUUCUCUAACAAAGAAACAAGCAAAAAUGAUCCUGUUCACCCAAUGGAUGUUCAGAUGGCCGCAUUUCAUUGUGCUGAUGGUUUCCUGAAGCAGCUUUUGGUCACUAAACUGUCCCAGUGUCAGUACGCUCUGCCUCUGCUUGUUCCUGAUCCAUUCACACAACAGAUUGAGUUUCCUCUCUGGACAUUCAGACAAAUCAACAAGAGCUGGAAGAUGAGAAACACCAACAAUGAAAUCAUCAGUCAAACCCAGCCAAUCUACAAGGCAGAAACUCCAGUCGUGUUUUUCUUUAGGUUUGGCUCUGUGUCUUCAUCCAAAUCUCAGCUGAUGAACAGUCUGAUCAAUGAGAAACACAACACGUUCUUCCACAGGAACUGCCCGGGCAGCAGCAGAACCAGAGAACUGAUGGAUGGCGUGGUGGAGAUCGCCUGGUUCUGCCCCUCUGGGAAAAACAUGGAUAAAUUCAAUGACUGUGUUGCGUUCUGUAAUUUACAUGGUGAUGCAGGAGACCAUGAGAAACAGCUGCAGAUCCUCACUGAAAUGAGCUCAGUCAAUGUUGUUAUUUUAUCACAACUUCAGAGGAAUGACAAAAGCACAAAAACAAUCCAAACCCUGUUCAGAAACAGAAAACCACUAAUUUGUCUUUUUACUGAGGAUGAAUCAUUUCUCACUCUGAUGCACAAAGGAAAAUAUAAAAUUGGUUUAAAAGACAGAAAUCAGUCGACUGUAUCGGAAGAACUCAGAAGAGCUAUAAAUGAUUGUCUCUCAGAAUCAUCUUCCACUUUCAGACUUCAAGAUAUGACCAAACACUCAGACAUCAGAGUAGAUGAGGAAGAUGAUGAUGACUGCAGGAAAGGAAGAGAAGCAGCACAGAAGAUGAUGAGUUUACUGGAGAAGAAAGAUCUGACAGAAAUCAAAGAAUCAUUUCUGCCCUGUCAGGGGAAACUGUGGCAUCAGUGGAGUCAGAAGAACAAGGAACUACAUCGACCUCAAGCAGAUGAGUCAGAAAAAGACAUCAGUGAAAAACACUCAGAGAUGAAAGAAUUUCGUCAAAAGCAGCAUGAAUCUGACAUCAGUGAGUUUAUAAAGCUCUUCAUUAAGGAAAUGAACUCAGAUGCUGAACGUGAAAAAUUAUUUUUCCUUAAAUGGCUUGAAAUCCUACUGGAUGAAUUUACCUCAAAAGAUCUUUCUGAUCUACAUCGUAAGUAUGAUGAAAAGUGGUCAACAGUUGUAAAACUGAAAGAGAGCAAUGAUAAAUCUCAACUCAAAGCUGAACAAACUAAACUUGUGAAAAUAUCUGAGGAUCUUCAAGCUGCAACCUUUGGUUUGGAGCACAUCAUGAGGGAGAUCGGUCAGAUCUAUGAAUCAUGUGAAUCUCUGAAGAAGAACAAGAAAGACCUGCAGUUUGACUUCUCUUCUCUCCCGAGUCUUGCAGCAGAGAUGAUGAUCUCUGGAUUUCCACUGGAGCUGAUGGAUGGAGAUGCUGCUCAUGUUCCUGUGGUCUGGAUCUCUACUGUUCUAGAUGAACUCAUCCAGAAACUGGGAGACCAGAGAGUCUUUGUGCUGUCAGUUUUAGGGAUUCAGAGCUCUGGGAAAUCCACCAUGCUGAAUGCCAUGUUUGGACUCAAGUUUGCUGUCAGUGCUGGCAGGUGCACCAGAGGAGCUUUCAUGCAGCUGGUCAAAGUGUCAGAUGAGAUGAAAACACAGGUGAACUUUGACUAUAUUCUGGUUGUUGAUACUGAGGGUCUUCGUGCUCUAGAACUGGCUGGAAGAUCAACAAGAAAUCAUGACAAUGAAUUGGCCACAUUUGUUGUUGGUCUUGGAAGUAUGACGUUGAUCAACAUCUUUGGAGAAAACCCAUCUGAGAUGCAGGACAUUCUUCAGAUUGUUGUUCAGGCCUUCCUGAGGAUGAAGAAGGUCAAACUGAAUCCCAGCUGUGUGUUUGUGCAUCAGAACGUUUCAGACGUCACAGCUGGAGAGAAAAAUAAGGAGGGAAGGAGACGACUGCAGGAGACACUGGAUGAGAUGACAAAACUUGCUGCUGAAGAGGAGGACUGUGAUGCAGAAUGUUUCAGUGAUGUCAUUGCAUUUGAUAUAGAGAAUGAUGUGAAGUAUUUUGCUCAGCUCUGGGAGGGCAGCCCACCCAUGGCACCACCAAACCCAAACUACUGUGAGAAUGUUCAAGAACUGAAGAAAACAAUUGAAUCUCAUGCAUCAAAGUCACAUGGAAUGAUGCUGAUAGACCUAAAAGAUCGUAUUCAAGAUCUCUGGGAGGCUUUAUUAAAUGAACAAUUUGUGUUCAGCUUCAGAAACUCUCUUGAGGUUGCCGUCUACAGAAAACUGGAGACUGAAUAUAGCAAGUGGUCCUGGAGUCUUCGCAGUGCCAUGAUGGAAAUUGAUAAUAAAUUACACAACAAUAUAGAAAAUAAAGCAAUUCAUCAGGUUGAUGAAGCUGAUCUUCAAACAGAACUGAAGAAGACAAGUGAAGAAGUUGAAAGAUCAAUGUCUGAAUUCUUUGAGAAAGACAAAGAUAAAGAUAUACUGAUUAAUUGGAAAACAUCAUUUGAAGUAAAAAUUAAAGAGCUUCAGGAAAACAUUGUGAGAGAAACAAAGAGGAAGUUAAACAAUAUUCUUCAGCAGCGAGACCUGAAGGAAGAGAUUGACUCUCAGAGGACCCGCCAUGAAAACACUCUCUUUGAAAAGAGCAAAGAAUUUGCCUUAAAACUCAAAGACAAAACAAAUGAUGAAGAAACACUGAAGAAAGAGUUUGAUUUGUUUUGGGAAGAGUGUGUGAAUAAGAUCAUCUCAGAUACUCAUCCAAUCAAAAAUGUUGAUGUAUUGAGAGAUGUGAAAGAGAUCCUCAGUGAUGUCUAUAAAAGUGCUUCUAUAGACCACAGAAAGCAGAACAUGGAUAUUUUCUCAGUAGCAAGUUAUUCUGAUUAUAUUAAGUUAAAGAAAUCCAUUGGAAUUACAGGAGCUUUAACUAAUGUCUACAGAUCAGCUCAAGAGAUAUUUCAUCACGCUCUCUCUAAAGAAGAUGAAGCCCAAAUAAGAUCAUUAGUCACAGAUGUUGCUCAGAAGACAGACAAAAUGAUUCAGUCAUUUAACAUUUCAAAGAUGGGCUACAACAUCAGCUACAUUCAACAACUCACGGGUUACAUCACAGCAAUGGUAAUAAAUCAUGAGGAAGGACCAGUGAAAUAUGUGUUCAAGAAACAAUUCUUCAUGGAUUUGGUUCUUUCCAUAUGUACAAAAGCAAGCAAUAUGAUCACGGACCAACACAGAAAGUUCAGUGAAGCUAAUGAUCCUGUAAUAUAUUUGAAGAAGAAGAGAGCAGAGUACUACAGUAUUUUCAAGAAAUACUGUCAUGGAGCAACAUCAGCUGCCAUUUUAGGUGAGAUCAUCUGUCAGAAACUAAAAGAAGCAGUUGAGCAGAGUGUCUACAAGAAGACUGCCAGAGAUCUGACUGAUGAAAUGAUGAAAAACUGUGAAUCACUGAAUGGAAACCGAUUAAAUAUGGAGAAACACAUCCUCAAGUUUCUGGCUGAAAAUGAGAAUUUUUCUGCGUACAUGGACUACAUUAAUUAUCCCAGAGAACACUUCAAGGAUUUCAUCAGAGAUGAAGUCAGUCAGUACAUCACUGAUAAGUUCAGUGUCAGUGUUUUACCCAAGAUGAAGGAGAACAUUGAACUCCUGCAGCAGAAGAUCAUGAAAGCAGCACAUGAAUCUACUGAAUAUGUUCAAGAGAACAGAGGAGAUGUUGGUUUAUGGUUGAAAAGUUUCACACAGAAGCUCUCAGAUGAGCUGAUCUUCUCUGAAAAAGACCUCAUUGGGGAUGUUGAUGAUGUUGAUGAUUUCAACCUCCUAGAAGAUGUGAUAAAGAAAGAAUUUCCUGCAAUAAUGACUGACAUCAGCAGUGAAUUGAAAACUGAAAAACUGGACCCCAAGUUCAGACCAGAUGAGCUUCUGUUUGAUCACUUCUGUCAGUGCUGUUGGGUUCAGUGUCCAUUUUGUGGAGCUGUCUGCACCAACACCAUAGAAAACCAUGAUGGAGAUCACAGUGUUCCUUUCCACAGAUUGGAUGGAGUCAACGGAUACUAUUAUGAUGAUACCAAGAAUUUUGGUACAGAUUUUUGCUCAUCUUUAGUGAUAAGUAAGAAAUCUUUUAAAUCAUCAGGGCAGUGGUUCCCAUAUAAAGAAUACCGAAGAGCAGGAGGAGUUUAUGCACACUGGAGCAUCACUCCUGAUCUCUCUGAACUACCCUACUGGAAGUGGUUUGUGUGCAGAUUCCAGAAAGAUCUGGAAAUGUUUUAUGGGAAAUCAUUCCAUGGUAAUGGUGAGAUCCCAACACAUUGGAAAAAAUUUACAAAACAAGAUGCAGUCAAUAGUUUAAGUUAUUACUGCAGCUUGAGAAUAAAAAGCCCAAUACUAACACUGACUAAAUUACUUAUACAAAAGAACAUGAUUUUGUUUGGGUGGAAGGAAUGUUGAAAUGUUGAUGUCAUGAAUUUUUAAUAAAACCUCAACUCACAAUUCGCCCCCUUGGAAUUAUAAGGUUCUCUCUGCGUUCUGAGCAGUUUUGAGAUAUUGAGCUUAAAAGUUUUGCAUUCCAUGUAGCAAAAACUAUAUGGGGAACAAGUUUCUUUCAUACAUGAAAAUGACAGGGACCCUAAAUAUAUUCUAACAGUACCAUAUAAUAAUAUAAUAUCAAAAUCCUCUCAAAUUUGUAAAUGAGGAUUUUUGGAAUGAGUCAAAUGUAGAUAGAACCUUCUAAUUCUAAAAAAAU